CUCCGGCCCUGAGCAGGGCGCCGGCGGCACCCGCCUCUUCCCCCUCGGCCUUACUGUCUCAGGCCUUUCUUAAAACUUUCCAUGUCUAAAUGGACUCCUGAAUGUAAUAUAGUUUAUACUCUAAAAGCGGAUAUGAAGAGUGAAGUUCCUUCUGAUGCACCAAAGAGACAGGAGAGUCUGAAGGGGAUCCUCUUGAACCCUGAGCCUAUUGGGGCAGCCAAAAGCUUCACUGCAGAAGUUGAGAUGAUUGCCAGUAAAGUAGGGAAUGAGUUCUCUCACUUAUGUGGUGAUUCUCAAAAGCAAAAGGACAUGAAUGGCAACCGUACAGACCAAGACAAAAGUAUUGUGGUGCGAAAAAAACGCAAGAGCCAGCAGGCUGGUCCUUCAUAUACUCAAAAUUGUCCUGAUAAAGAAAACCAAGGAAUCUUAGGAUUAAGACAGCAUCUAGAAACACAGAGUGAAGACAAUGAUUCUUCUUUUAGUGACUGUAUCUCUUCGCCUUCAUCUAGCCUACAUUUUGGAGACUCUGACACAGUAACAUCUGAUGAAGAAAAAGAUGCUCCUGUAAGACACCCUCAGGCAGUGUUGAAUACUACAAGUAGAACUCAUAGCGCAAGGUCACAAAAGUGGCCUCGCACUGAGGCAGACUCUGUACCUGGGUUAUUAAUGAAAAGGCCCUGUUUUCACAGCAGUUCUUUAAGAAGACUUCCAUAUAGGAAGAGAUUUGUGAAAACAAGUUCAUCACAGCGGACACAGAACCAAAAAGAACGUAUUUUAAUGCAGAGGAAAAAGCGGGAAGUGUUAGCUCGAAGAAAGUAUGCUUUACUACCCAGCUCUAGCAGUUCCAGUGAGAAUGAUCUCAGUAGUGAAUCUUCUUCCAGUUCAUCUACUGAAGGGGAGGAAGACUUAUUUGUGUCACCUGGUGAAAACCACCAGAACAGUACAGCUGUUCCUUCAGGAAGUAUUGAUGAAGAUGUUGUGGUGAUUGAAGCAUCCUCCACUCCCCAGGUCACUGCUAAUGAAGAAAUAAAUGUUACCUCAACAGAUAGUGAAGUGGAGAUUGUCACAGUUGGUGAAAGCUACAGGUCUCGUUCAACACUUGGACACACAAGAUCACACUGGGGACAAAGCUCUAGUUCUCAUGCUGCACGACCUCAAGAACAGCGGAACCGCAGUAGAAUUUCCACAGUCAUACAGCCACUGAGACAGAAUGCAGCAGAAGUGGUGGACCUUACAGUGGAUGAAGAUGAGCCGACAGUUGUGCCAACCACGUCGGCUAGAGUGGAGCCGCAGGUCGUGAGUUCUGCUUCCAGUAACAGUUCUAGUACGUCUACCUCAGAGCAGGCCUCUGGUGCAGCUCCAGACGUCUCCAACAGCCAGCCCUCUGCAGCACCAGAGACGACUUCUAGUCUUCCCAGCGGCGGCACUGCUGGUACUUCAGCUGGAGAUGAUAUAAGAAGAACUGCAUCUAAUACAACACUGGAAACUGGUCCUCCGGCCAUGCCAAGGUUACCAUCGUGCUGCCCUCAGCAUUCUCCUUGUGGAGGACCUUCACAGACUCAUCAUGCAUUGGGGCACCCGCAUACAAGCUGCUUUCAGCAGCAUGGCCACCACUUUCAACAUCACCACCACCACCACCACAACCCUCACCCAGCUGUUCCACUAUCUCCUUCAUUCAGUGACUCCAGCUGCCCUGUUGAAAGGCCUCCUCCAGUGCCUGCACCUUGUGGAGCAAGCAGCAGUUCUGGCACCAGUUACCAUGACCAGCAGGCAUUGCCAGUAGACUUAAGCAGCAGUGGUAUAAGAAGUCACGGAAGUGGUGCUUUUCAUGGAACAUCUGCUUUUGACCCCUGCUGUCCUGGUUCUUCAUCUCGAACUGCAAUUUAUGGGCAUCAGGCUGGUGCUGGCCCAAGCCAAUCAAUAACAAUAGACGGAUAUGGAUCAAGUAUGGUUGCGCAGCCACAGCCCCAGCCUCCUCCUCAGGCAUCGCUCUCUUCCUGUCGGCAUUAUAUGCAUUCUCCUUAUGCUUCUUUGACCAGACCUCUUCACCAUCAAGCUUCUGCAUGUCCUCACUCUCAUGGAAAUCCUCCUCCACAGCCACAACCUCCACCUCAAGUAGAUUAUGUUAUCCCUCAUCCAGUGCAUCCCUUCCAUCCGUCAAUCUCCUCUCAUGCAUCUUCUCAUCCUGUUCCACCUCCACCUCCACCACCAACUCAUCCUUUAGCCAACGCAGCUGCUCCAAUACCACAGCAUCUUCCUGCAACACACCAGCCUAUAUCCCAUCACAUCCCUGCAACAGCACCUCCAGCACAGAGGCUACAUCCUCAUGAAGUGAUCCAGAGGAUGGAGGUCCAGAGAAGAAGAAUGAUGCAACACCCAACACGCGCUCAUGAGCGGCCGCCUCCGCAUCCUCACAGAAUGCAUCCCAAUUAUGGUCAUGGGCAUCACAUUCAUGUGCCUCAGACAAUGUCUUCCCAUCCUCGACAAGCUCCAGAGAGAUCGGCCUGGGAACUUGGAAUUGAAGCUGGUGUGACUGCAGCUACUUACCCUCCAGGGCCCUUGCAUCCUCACUUGGCCCACUACCAUGCACCUCCUCGACUUCAUCACUUGCAAAUAGGGGCUCUUCCUCUAAUGGUACCAGACAUGGCGGGCUACCCUCACAUCCGUUACAUUUCAUCGGGAUUGGAUGGAACAUCAUUCAGAGGCCCUUUCAGGGGCAAUUUUGAGGAGCUGAUUCACUUGGAGGAACGAUUAGGCAACGUUAAUCGUGGAGCAACGCAGGGAACUAUAGAAAGAUGCACAUAUCCACAUAAAUACAAAAAGGUAACAACUGAUUGGUUCUCACAGAGGAAACUGCACUGCAAACAAGAUGGGGAGGAAGGAACAGAAGAAGACACAGAGGAGAAGUGUACCAUCUGUUUGUCUAUAUUGGAGGAAGGUGAAGAUGUCAGGCGCCUUCCAUGUAUGCACCUUUUCCACCAAGUAUGUGUAGAUCAGUGGUUGAUUACUAACAAGAAGUGCCCCAUUUGCAGAGUGGACAUUGAGGCUCAACUGCCUAGUGAAAGUUGACACCGCUUUCCAGAACUCUUGUCCUCCCUCUCGCUCCCUCUCGUCCUUCCUGGUACUGCAGUCAACCAAAGAUGGCAUGACUUACCUGCGCAGAUUUGGAAGCAUUGAACCUAGAGUGCUGGCUCUGCUAUAUGGUACAACUAAUGCUAGACCUACAGUUUAUGUAGAAGACAGUUGAGUUUCAGUGUAUUUAUAAAACUUUUUAGGUUUUACAUUUUUUCUUUUAAUUCAUUACUGUAUUUUUGCAUGGUUCCUUGUAUUGCAUUUGUUUGCACAUAUUAUGGGCUUUGUGACCCCGAACUUGCAGGCAAGAUUAGCUGCUUUAGUAAGUAGAAUUGUGUGGUCUUUUUUUGGUUUGUUUUACAUAGUUAUCGAGCUUUGAAAGUAUGAUUUCACUCAUUACUAACCUCGGAUUCCUUAAUUUAAUCGAUCAUAUAUUUUAGUUUAAAUGUAUAAAGAUCAUCUAGAAAAGGAUAAUAUUAUGUAUUGAGACAUUCCUUAAUUAGGAAAAAAUGGCUGCUGUAUAUUUACAAUAUCAGUUCUGAGUCAAAUAACAUCCUUAAUACUGGGAACAGAAUAUGAACUAUAUUCAGUUUGACUGAUACAUAUAGAAUACUCAUCACCAGAGUUUUUGUCUAAUCAGAUUUUUGUGUUUGUUUUUAAAAUUUCAGCACAAUGCAGAUAUAUUUGAAUGUCAAUAUUAAACAUUUAGACUGCUGUUCAGAUUGUAUUUAUCAUUUUCUUCCUGUGUCUAGAAAUUUGAAUCCCUAACUUAAAUAUUUGCUGCUGUGAAACAGCUCUAGUGAACACUAAAUGUUGAUUUGAGUUAGCUGGAUUGUAGAUACUUGCAGAUUGAAAGAAUUAUUAGGGAAAUGGAAAAAGAGCUUAGAAUCUGUUUGGUAUUCUGCUAACUUAAGUUGAAGUAUCU